AUGCCUUCCGCAACCUCGCCGCUGGUCCAGUCUCAGAACCAUACCCACUCCUCGCAUUCUAUACACUCGGUUCUGUCUAGGAACUCGGACACUACUCAAGGCACAUCGACGUCCACCCUAUUCAACGUGCCGCCGACGCCUUCGCUUUCACCCGCUCCUUCUACCGUCCCGGGAAAUGUCGAGCCGUCUGGCAAUGUCAUGAACAAGGUUGCCGACAAGGAUGCUUCCCUGUUCCAAAUGUGCAUCACCUUGCGCCAACGUCUCCUGGCGGUCCCUGGCUUCGAUGACUACUUCUUGGAAACAGAACAACAGCAUGACGAUCUCGACGUUGUUCAGCUGAUCUGGAAGACCUUCCAGCUUGGCUAUCCGCUCGUCUCCCUAUACAACAUCCUGCGACCCGAUCAACCUGUUGAAGUCGAUGUCUCCAAAAUCAGCGUUGCCAAACAAGGAAAGGCCCUCACAUCGAGUUUCUUGCGCGGUUGCAUCAACGGUCUCAACUUUUCAGUAGAAGACUGUUUCAUUCUCUACGAUCUCUACCAGGAUGACAUUGGUGGCUUUGUCAAGGUCGUAAGAAUGGUUUCAAGAUUGCUCGAUAUAAUGGUACAGCAACACAUCAUUGAAGACCUUCGCCCGGAUCAAAUUGCCGCACACUCUGGCAAACGCAGUCAGCGACAACACAUUGUCGAAGAACUGGUUCAAACCGAAAGAACAUACGUGCAGCAUCUUGAACUCUUACAGGCUUUCAAGCAGCUCUGCGAAAGCAAAGGUGUCGUUUCGGGCGAUGUGAGCCAUCAGAUCUUCCACAACCUUGACAAACUUCUCAACUUCCAACGUCGUUUCCUUAUCAAGGUCGAGCAGACCAACGCUAUGCCAGAGGACGAGCAAAACUGGGGGAAGAUCUUCAUCCAGCAAAACGAGGGUUUCAUGGUGUACGAACCAUAUAUCGCCAACCAGAAGCUCUGUGAAGAGGUUGUCAUGAGAGAAUUUGCCAAGCUCAAGGAAGCUGGUGGCACUAUUGACAUGCGCCAGCUUGUCGAAUCUCCUCCAACCCUGUACGGCUUUCUGAUGAAGCCUUUCCAGAGACUGUCCAAGUAUCCACUGUUGCUUGAUUCCUUGUACCAGAAGGGUGACUACAGCGAGGAGAUCAAGGCUGAUCUCUUCAAGGGCAAGGAGUGUGCAACAACUGUUCUGACCCGCACAAACACUGCCAUCGAAAAUGAAGACAGACUCGAAGCCCUGGAAGACCUGAAGAGUCGUGUUGAAGACUGGAAGGGCCAUCGGGUCACAGGCUUCGGUAGUCUUCUUCUAUUCGGCAGCUACACUGUUAUAAAGAGCGACAGUGCACCAGGAAAGGAUCAGGAACGAGAGUACCACGUCUACUUCUUCGAAUCGAUUCUGUUGUGUUGCAAGGAUAUCGACCGCAACAAGCCAAAGAACAAAAUGUCCACACGUUCGAUGGUUGACAAGAAAGGCAGACCGAAGAUGCAGCUGAAAGGUCGUAUCUUCAUGCAGAACGUCACAGAUGUCGUCAAGGCAUCAAAGCCCGGCUCCUACACUUGUCAAAUCUUCUGGAAGGGUGAUCCAGGCAUCGAAAACUUUGUCGUUCGCUUCCCAACCGAAGACACCAUGAGCAAAUGGUACGCCAAGCUGCUAGAACAGAAGGCUGUUUGCAACGAUCUUGCAAGACGUAGCGACAGUACUACGGCUUCUCACAGGCCUUCUGGAGGUACCUCGACCACUGACUUCACCUACAUCCAACAGAAUCAGGAAGAUCUUGUGAAUCCUUACAAAGAGGCCGACGAAGAGGAUGAAGAGGACACAGUCGUCCCGCCAUCGCCAUUCCCUCCAUACGCUCCGCACUCCUCUUUUGAAUCUUCUACCAUGAGUAGCAGAAAUGCAUCGAUGACCAGUCUGCGCUCAAGAUCUACGACCGGCGAGAGUGGUCCUCCGUUGAGUCUGGGAGGUCGUAUGCCUCCACCACGACUCCCAGCCAACGCAGCUGAUGGUCGUCAUCCUUCAUUGAGUCUGAGAACCCAGCAGUUGCCUUACGCACAAUCACCCUCGAUGGAAAAAGACUCGUACUUCUCGCCUGUCGAGACGCCGCUGCCUUCGCAGAGAACCAGUGGUUCGUCGAGCAUGUCGUACUUCCCGACUCAAUUCCACGACAAUCAAACGCGCUACACUGCCCCAGCUAUGAGCCGUACUGCUUCGCGCGACAACAAUGCCGCUCCCUCGAAUUACGCGGCCAGCCAGCGCACUUCUGGUCCCAGACCUGGAUUGGUUGGCAUGCACAGUACUCAGCAGGUCCCACCUUCAAGAAACAGAUCUGCCAGCAGUCCCGAUAUCAACCACGUAUCGCGCAGGGCUGCCAAUGGAUCAAGACCGCCAGUGCCUGAUGUUCCUGUUCCGCCUUUCCCUGCUCAAUACUCUGUCAACAGUUCAGCUCCCAGAAGCCAGAGCAACUCACCUAGUCUGGCCUACCCUCCUGUGCAGUCGCCACAACAGCGCGAACGAUCAUCAACUCGCUCGAACGCAGAUGCACCAUAUCCUCAUGAUGGUCCACCUGCUCUCAGAGUUAAUCCUGGCUUGGCUUAUGUUGCAUCCUCCCGCGCCAACACGCCUACCUCAGGACCACCUGGCGGCUACGACUCUCCUAUAUCACCUCCUCUGUCCUCUAGCUCCGAAUUUGGUCUGUCACAGCUCAAGAUCAAAGUGCACGCCUCGAGUACUGUCUUGACCCUUGUCGUGCCUUUGAACAUCUCGUACCAUUCACUGAGAGAUCGCAUUGACGCCAAGCUGUCUCGCAGCACCAAUAUCAGUCUGAGUGAUCGCUCACCAAACCAAGUCAAGCUGAAGUACCUUGACGAGGAUGACUAUGUCAGCAUUCAGAGCGAUGAAGAUGUACAGUCAGCCUUCGAAACUUGGCGUGAACAGCGUGGCGAGACUGUCGGAGGUAUGGGAGAGAUCGAGCUCUUCUGCCAAUAA